ACACAUUCCUAGGGUUAAAAAUGCUUUAAAAAAGGCCAUUUACUUAAAUGGAUAUAUACUGUCAUGUUGGUUUGGUGAACUUGAUGAGAAAGUUCACAAACCAAAGAAACUUGCAUAGACCGGCCAUCACAAGAUUUGCUACUUCCUUCAUCACUCUUGCCCAGAUCCACAAACAAAAAAACAAUUUGAGGAAGAUGGUGACUUCUUAAGAGUGGGAAGCGAGCAAGUGGUCUAAAGAACCCACGGGUAAGAAAAUAAAGUCUUACUUUUUGCAAGAAACGUUUUGGAGGAAUGUACUUUAUUCUCUCAAGUUGACGGGCCCCUUAGUGAAAGUUCUUAGACUAGUUGAUGGAGAAAAAAAUCCAGCCAUGGGGUACAUCUAUGAGGCAAUGGAUAGAGCUAAGGAGGCGAUUCGUGAUAGUUUUCCGAAUCGAGAGGAUGAUUACAAGAAAGCUUUUGAAAUUAUAGAUCAUAGGUGGGAAUGUCAACUACAUAAACCUUUGCAUGCUGCGGGACAUUUCUUGAACCCGGGGAUCUUUUAUGAUGAAGUUGGUGGUGUGCUUUGUGAAGAAGUUGAAAACGGUUUUUAUGAAUGCAUGUUGAGGCUUGUUCACUACCAAGAAACGCAAGACAAGAUUUCAGACGAGUUAGUUAAAUACCGAAAGGCAGAAGGUCUCUUUGGUAUUAGCUUGGCUGUUAGGCAAAGGAAAACAAAAUCACCAGCUGAUUGGUGGACAAUGUAUGGAUCUUCGGCUCCUAACUUGAAAAACUUUGCUAUACGGAUUCUUAGUCUCACUUGUAGUGCUACAAGUUUUAAGAGAAACUGGAGUUUUUUCAACAACUUCACACUAAGAAACGAAAUAGACUAGCACAAUCUAGAUUGAAUGACAUGGUGUUUGUGAAAUUCAAUCAUGCCUUGGAGCGUCUAGCUAAAAGUAAGGAGAUCGAUCCUAUUCUUUUGCAAGAUAUUGAUGAGAGCAAUGAGUGGUUGAUGGGAAGAAUGGAAGAUGAUGAAGAUGAUGAUGAGGCGGUGUUUGUUGGUGAGGAUUUGAUAUGGAGUGAUGUUGCUGACGCUUCCGGUGCAUAUGAGUCUAGUUAUCUAACUAGAGCAUCAAAAGUAGUGAAUGAUGGAGCCGGACCAUCGAGAAAUGAUAAAGGAAAAUCUCCUGCUCAUAAUCCUAUCUCUAGUAGACCAUCUCGUAGAUGCUUAGUUGAUGAAGAUGAGAUGGAAGAAAAUAUUGGAGUGUCUACUGAUGAAGGAGAUGGUGUUGACCGAGUUGAUAACGAUGACGAU